ACAGCAACUGAACUCAUUUGCAAAACCUAAGACCAAAUAAAUUGCAUUGUCCUUUCAAGUAUGUAUCUCUGCCACCGUCAAAACGACACCGUCUGCACUCAACCGGUGUUCGAACUCAACACCAAUAAUCAGCCGUUUUUGCCGUCUGAACUCAUCGUCGAGAUUCUCCUGAGGCUUCCGGCUAGGUCUCUCCUUCAAUUUAGGUUCGUCUGUAAGUUAUGGAAAACCCUAAUUUCAGAUCCCAAAUUUGCAAACAAACAUCUUCUCAUCUCAAUUGCGGAUCCAAGCAUGAGCCACCAACGAUUAGCCUUUAGCGAUUGUUCUUACCCUUUGAAUUCAUUAUUCGAAAACCCAUCAACCCGUGUUAUACCAGAUAGAUUCAACGGCUUGGAAAACGACCAGAAUUAUCUUUUAGGUUCAUGCAAUGGUUUCUUGUGUAUUUAUGAUCCUCAUCCUUAUCAAUGUAAUAUGAUAAUGUAUAACCCUUCUAUCGGUUUGAAAUCCAAUAGUUCUCCCAAAAUUAUUCCUUCGCCUGAUUGGGAGAUGCUGUAUGAGGGCUUUGGCUAUGAUCAUGUUAAUGACAAGUACAGGGUGUUAGCAGUUGUGGAACAUGUUGAUGGCGAUUCUGACGAUGAAGAUUUCGGUGAAUUAUUGACCAAAAUUUAUACCUUUGGUGAAGAUUCUUGGAGGACAAUUCAGGAUUUACCCUAUGCUCAUCCUAUCCAGAAGUACGGAAAAUAUGUGAGCGGCACUCUGAAUUGGGUUGCUCAUAGAUGGAUUUUCCCAACACAAUAUGUGAUUAUUUCUUUUGAUCUGGAUAAGGAGACUUACCGGGAUGUGUUGCUGCCUCCAACUAUUCGUGACUGCAACGACUACAUGUGCAGUCCUUCGCUCUGUGUUUUGAAUGAUUGUCUUUGCUUGUGUUUUGUCAACAGAACUCAUUUGGUUGUGUGGUCGAUGAAAGAGUACCGAGUUGUUGAGUCCUGGACUAAAUUGAUCAACAUCCCUCGUGACAAGUUAAUCUUCUUGAAUUCUAUAGAUCCAUAUUCUUUUAUUGACCUAUUGUUCAUUUCAGAAAAUGGUGUUGUUCUUCUAAAGGUGUCUUCCUCUUCCCAACUUUUCCUAUAUAACUUAAAUAGUGGUGUGUUGGAUCAUCCCUUUAUAAGUAUCAACCAUGAUGUGUUUGAUCCUCAGAUUUAUCGUGAGAAUCUAAUAUCACCGCCAUGGUAA